CUUGAGGAGGGGGAGCUGGUAGCGAUGGCGGCGCUGUGGGGCUCGGGCGUGAGGGGCCCGAAGGCGGCGGGCAGGGGCGAGGAGGGAGAAGAAGAUGAUGAAGAAGAAAGAGGAGAAGGUGAUGACGGAGGUUUCACCCUGGAGGAGGUGCUGCGUCUCGGCGGCACCAAGCAAGACUAUGUGAUGCUGUGCGCUGUGGAUGAGGCGGAGGAGAUUGUGGACGGCGGCAAAAAGGAUGCGAUCGAUGACCUGAAGGAAGGGGAGCUGGAGGCAUUUGUCAGUUCCCUGGGGCUUGGCAAGUAUGCAAAAAGUUGCCUGGUGGUGGAGGAGGAGGAUGGUGGUGAUGACAGCCAGGAGAAAGAGAAGCCCCCAAAGAAAGAGAAAAGCAAGAAAGAAGCUAACCCUCCUUUGUUAGAAGGGAAAAAAGAAAAAAAAGUCAAAGAAAAGGCAAGCGCUGUGAAAGACAGAAAGAAGAAGCAAGCGGGCAGUGAUCAGGACCAACAGCUUUCAGCAACGAAAGAGAAGCUAGUAGAAGAUUUUGAAUUUCAUGCUAGGCAAGUGAUACUGAUCAAACCAGGCUGCAAAUGGUAUGAUUUAGAGUAUACUAACGAGUUCUCUUCAGAGCCACAAAAUCAGACGCUUCUAUCCAAGUAUAAGGCCUUGGCUGAAAAGCUGUACCAUCAUGAGGCAGAUCUGUUUAAGAAUAAGACAGAUUAUCAGAAGGGCGCCUCUUCAGCGUGGAUGAAAACUGUUGUGUCAUCAGGUACCCUGGCUGACAGGAUGGCAGCGAUGACCCUUCUCAUUCAGGAUAGUGCUGUCCACAGUCUCCAGUUUGUUGAGAACUUGGUAAACCUCAUAAAGAAAAAGGGCAGCAGGCAGCAAAGCCUUAUGGCUUUGGAUACAUUCAAGGAGCUUCUAAUUUCAGAUCUCUUACCAGACAAUCGAAAAUUAUGGUCUUUCUCCCAGCGACCUUUUAACAACAUAGAGAAGAUGUCAAGUGGCAACAGGGAUUCAAGAGACAGACGGUUGAUACUGUGGUACUUUGAGCAUCACCUGAAACUGCAGGUGGCAGAAUUUGUGCAAGUGUUAGAGACUCUGAGUCACGAUUCUCUGACGGCAAUGAAAUCCCGAGUGCUGGCAGUUGCCCACGAGCUGCUCUGUAACAAACCUGAGCAGGAGAAAGUUCUACUUGUUCAGCUGGUAAAUAAACUGGGAGACCCUCAGAACAAAAUUGCCACCAAAGCCUCAUAUCUUUUAGAGACUUUGCUUCACAAGCAUCCAAAUAUGAAAGGAGUAGUGUGCAGUGAGGUGGAGAGGCUUUUGUACCGGUCAAACAUUAAUGUGAAAACUCAAUAUUAUGCCAUUUGCUUUCUAAAUCAGAUAGUCCUCAGUCAUGAAGAAAGUGCAUUGGCUAACAAACUGAUAACAUUGUAUUUUGGCUUUUUUCGGAACUGCAUUAAGAAAAAAGAUGUUGAAUCCAAAAUGCUCAGUGCUCUUCUUUGUGGGGUAAACAGAGCAUACCCUUAUGCUGAGACUGGUGAUGAGAAAGUGAAAGAACAAAUGGACACAUUGUUUAAGGUUCUGCAUCUUGUGAACUUUGGUACCAGUGUCCAGGCCCUGAUGUUAUUGUUCCAAGUGAUGGACUCUCAGCAGACUGUAUCGGAUAGGUACUAUGCAGCACUAUACAAGAAGCUUCUAGAUCCUGCUUUAGCAACCUGCUCAAAGCCAUCCAUGUUUCUUAAUCUUAUCUAUAAAUCUCUGAAGGCAGAUGUGGUGUUACGGCGUGUGAAAGCGUUUGUGAAGAGGUUGCUUCAAGUCACUUGUGGACAAAUGCCACCCUUUAUUUGUGGAACCCUGUACCUUCUGUCUGAGCUUCUGAAAGUGAAGCCAGAGUUAAGGGUCCAGUUACAGGAUCAUGUGGAGUCGGAUGAUGAAGAGUGCUUUAAGGAUCAAGAAGAGACGGAAGAUGUUGAGAAAAAAAUUGAGGAUGCAGAAAAAGAAGUAGGAGAGAAAGAGAAGAGCACAACGAAAAAUUCUGCUAAAACAAACAAGUCAAAUUCAACAGCCUCAUGGGUGCAUCAUCUGAAUAUGGGAGGCAGGAAGAGUGGAGCUUCGUAUGAUCCUAUGCACCGAAGUCCUUUAUACUGCGGUGCUGAAAGUACAAGCCUGUGGGAACUGAAGAAACUUUCUGAACAUUUUCAUCCAUCUGUGGCCCUAUUCGCAAAAACAAUUCUAGAAGGAAAUCACAUUCAGUACUCUGGUGACCCUUUGCAGGAUUUCACAUUGAUGAGAUUCCUGGAUCGCUUUGUGUACAGAAAUCCCAAACUCAGUAAAGGCAAAGAAAACACCAGCAGUGUGGUAAUGCAGCCAAAGAAGAAGCAGUUUAUGAAAGACAUGCACAGUGUUGCAGUCAACAGUAAAGAAUUCCGUGCCAAAGAUGAAAGCAAAAUUCCAGUGGAUGAAGUGUUUUUUCACAGAUUUUAUUCCAAGUUUGAUAAGAAGAGAGAGAAACAGAGGCGUCAGGAUGAUGAAGAAAGUGUGGAAGACGUAGAUGAUGAUGAAUUUGAAAGAGCACUGGAUACACUUGAAGCUGCUGAUAAUGUCAUCGAUGUUGGCCAGGACGACCUUGAUUUUGCUAGUAAUAUACAAAAGAAAACCAAAGGCGAUAAGAAAGGUGCAGAAUCCAGUGCUGACUGGGAGGAUUCUGAUGAUGAAGAUGAAUUCAGUGAUCUGGAUGAUGAGGAAGUCUCCUUAGGAAGUAUGGAGGAGGACUUUGAAGAGGAUAUGGAUGAAGAGGGAGGUGUAUUUAUGGAUGUAGCUGAUGAUGAUAACCGCGAAGACGUGAACAAUGUCAGUAAAAAGGGCAAGAGAAAGAAAGAUACAAAUUUUGUGGGAUCACUUGAAGGAUCCAACCGAGGAAAAAAGAGAAAACUCACAGAUGCCAGUAUAUUGGCAUCUGCAGAAGAGUUUGGCUAUCUGCUUGAUGAGAAUGCUGGGUCUAAGUUUGACAAUAUUGGAAUGAACGCCAUGGCCAACCGAGAUAAUGCAAAUGUCAAACAGAUCCAGUGGGAAAUAGAGCGUGACAAGUGGCUUCAUAAUAGGGAUGUGAAAAGCAUCAUCAAAAGGAAGAAACAGUUCAAGCACAGAGGGCUGAAAAACAAGUACAAAGGCAAGAAAUCAAAAAGAUGAACGGGGACAUUUAAUGUGGACGUUUUAAAAAUAAUUAUUCUAAAAUUAUUUUUUAAGUACUUACACAUCUUUCUUACUUCAGUUCUUGCUGCUUAACCAUGCCAUUUGGUCAUUCUCCUUUAUGCCAUGAAUUCCAGACCACUCAUUGGAUUUGUAAUACACUGAAAAACAGGAAAAUCCAUGUCAGCUAUAAGUUAGGUGUGCCUGAAGGUGAGCCACUUUGUGGCUAGUUUUGUUGCAUGUAUACUCCUCCACUUCUGAGGACUCUGUCCAACAGUCUGACUCUCAGCCAUGCCUAUGCAUAAGAAUAAACACACAGUGUCUCCUGGGGUAAGUUUUAAGCAAUAAUAAAAUCGGUUUUAUACAUAAGAUGCAACAGAAGCUUCAGCCAACAGUUCUGAAUCCAACAACUACACACCUACCUUCCAGAAUUGAUGGAAACCUCUUCUGCAUUGUAUAUCUGAAAUCUGACAGGAAAGAGAAAUCACAGUUACUUUACCCAAUGUAUUUUAAGACAAAUAAUUAAAUGCAUUAUUUUUCUAGCUAGACUAAUUUUACCUAAAUUUGUCUGAGCUCCUUAGUUACAGCCACCAUUAAAUAACAUAAUCUGAAUUUACCUUUUUUUUUUUAAAUUGUAUGACAAACCAUAUUCAGAUUACACAUAUGUGCAACCCUAUCAUCCCAGUGUUUUCAUAGAAUCAUAGAUUAGUUUGGAUUGGAAGGGACAUUAGAGAUCAUCUAGUUCCAACCUCCCUGCCAUGGGCCCCAUCCAACCUGGCCUGGAACACCUCCAGGGAUGGGGCAUCCACAGCUUCCCUGGGCAACCUGUGCCAGUGCCCCACCUCUCUCAUGGUGAAGAAAUUCCUCAUGUCUAGUCUAAAUCUGCCCCUCUCCAGUUUAAACCCGUUCCCUCUCAUCCAAUCACUACAAGCCUUUGUGAACAGUCCCUCCCCAGCCUUCUUGUAUGCCCCUUUUGGGUUUUCUGAGCUUCUUCACAGUUGUGAUUACCAGAUAGAAGCUGCAUAUUCACAGGAAGCAGAAUGCCUCUCAUAGGCUGACAUACAGUGAAAUCUGGGAAAACUUUUGUUUCAUUAUGUAGCUUUAGGUGUUCGCUUGAUCCUUCUGAGCGCUGCUCCAGCAACCCAGUAGAAAAUCGUGUAACGAUAGCAUAAAGCUAUCUUAAUGAUUAGAGCAGCUCAUAGCAGGAUCUUACCAAUGCUAGUACUAGCGCAAGGGAAGCAGGAAAAGCUGCAUUCUGAGCAUACUGAGCUGUUAGAUGAGCUCGCUGCACCUUAAAGAACUACAAGAACGGCAGCUGAAGCAAUUCUUCUGCAACAACUAGGACCUAGAACUGAAAAUGGGGAGAACGAGAAACCAUGAAAGCCCAGCACCAAGUUACCAGGACAGGCCGACACAUUUUUCUCCACAUUUUGAUUAUAUAGUUUUUAAUAAAAAAUGCAAAGAAAGAUAGCUUAAGUGUAGCAGUGUGCUGGGCUCUGAAUCUGGGGUAACCAAUGCAAACUUAUGUAGCAUAGAUGAAGUUCAGCUUGAACUUGGUGUGAGACCACAUUACUGCUGACAGGGGUGAGCUCGUGCCCUCCCGGUGAUAGCAGCAGCUGCCUGUUGGGCUUGCGCUGACCUUGUACGUUGCAGGACUGAGUGCCUUUUACAGCAGGGGCGCAGGUAUGUCUAACCAGUGCUGCACCCUGCAGACAAUAAAAAAGGCACUGCUGUGCAGAGCAAAUCUUGCAGCGACCAAGUUGGUGCCUGGCUUAUUUUUGUGUUACCCAAGCAAUGAGAUGGGAGUCUGAGACUUGAGGGACUGAAGCUAAAUCAUAGAAUAUUUUGGGUUGGAAAGGGACCUUAAAGAUCAUCUAGUUCCAACCCCCCUGCCAUGGGCAGGGACACAUCCAACUAGAUCAGGCUGUCCAAGGCCCCAUCCAACCUGGCCUUGAACACCUCCAGGGAUGGGGCAUCCACAGCUUCCCUGGCAACCUGUGCCAGUGUCUCACCACUCUCAGGGGGAAGAAAUUCCUUUUUAUGUCUAGUCUAAAUCUGCCCAUCUCCAGUUUAUACCCAUUGCCCCUCGUCCUAUCACUACAAGUCUUUGUGAACAGUCCCUCCCCAGCUUUCUUGCAGGCCCCUUCAGGUACUGGAAUGUUGCUAUAAGAUCUCCUCAGAGCCUUCUCUGCUCCAGGCUGAACAAGCCCAACUCUCUCAGCCUGUCCUCGUAUGGAAGGUGCUCCAGCCCUCUGAUCAUCUUUGUAGCCCUCCUCUGGACCCGUUCCAACAGCUCCAUAUCCUUACGUUGAGGAUUCCAGAACUGGACACAGCAUUCCAGAUGAGGUCUCACAAGAGAGGAGCAGAGGGGUAGAAUCACUUCCUUCGCCCUGCUGUCCAUGCUUCUUUUGAUGCAGCCCAGGACACAGUUGGCCUUCUGGGCUGCGAGCGCACAUUGCCAGCUCAUGUUGAGUUUCUCACUGACCAGCACCCCCAAGUCCCUCUCUGCAGGGCUGCUCUCAGUCACGUCAUCCCCCAUCCUGUACUGAAAUCGGGGAUUGCCCUGGCCCGGGUGCAGGACCUUACACUUGGCCUUGUUGAACCCUAUGAGGUUGGCACAGUCCCGCUUCUCCAGCCUGUCCAUGUCCCUCUGGAUGACACCCCGACCUUCCGGUGUGGAAGGCGCUGCUGGCUGCCUUGCCCGCUUGCCAGGGGGUGUGUUCCCUACCUGGGAAAUGUCCAGUCCUGCCCCCCUGGCAUUCCAGCCUCUCCUUUCCCAGCCCCUAUCUCGGCCGGGCUGUUCCUGCUAAGACGGCCCAGAUGAGGAGUCGCUGCCGGCUCACACGCUGCCUUUCCGACGCGUCCCCAGGGCUUUGGUGUCACACAGGCAGCG